UGAUAUUUGGGUUGUGAAAACGUGGGAAACAAAAUGUGGAGUCGAGCGUGCAAUUUCUUUCUUUCUUUCUUUUUUCUCUCUCUCUCUCUCUCUCUCUGUAGAUUUGGUUCCGCUCUCUCUUUCUCUUUCUCUCGCAGAAGAAGGGUGGUGUUAUUGUCAGCGUUUGAGGCACAUUUCAUUGCAAUUGCGUGGUCCUGCUAGACAUCCAGGUUUUGAAUUGGAUUCUUGCUUAGGGUUUCGCACAUUUUUCUUUUGCUUCCUUCGCCCCCUCUUGAUCUAGGGUUUAUGCUUACUUUUUUCGUUUAUAGAUCAACUUGCCCCAUUUCAUCUCUUUUUGAUCGAUUUGAAAUAAUGUGGGUGAAAUUACUUACCUGGGCAUGUGCGAUUCAUUGCUGACAAUAAGGAUUUUGAGGAUUAGUCGUUCCUUUCUCGCAUUCGACAAGGCAAGUAAAGAAGCUUGUUAUUAAUCGCUUAAAGCUUCAACUUUUUGGGAUUUAAAGCUAAUAUUCGACGAUAAAACUGAAAUUCAGUCAAUAGGGUAUGAGAGAAGUACACCCUUCACUGGGUUUUAUGAUACUCUGCAUUAAAAUUUGGAGGUUAAGGCUUGAUUUGUGCUUCUGGGGAUUUGGGUUUUUUCAGAAAUUGUUGUGUGGGAUCAGUACUUGUUGUCAGGGUUGAUAUGUGCAGUUAUUGGAAUUUUUUCUUAUGGCACCAACUGUACCUAUAGAGUUUGCUGGACAAAAGGAAUCUAGAAAGUACUCUCAUUCACAAAUCAUGGGCAAAUCUCGAAAAUACUCUAAGGGUUAUGCUGCUAGAUUUGUUCCCGAUUUCCGUCAUGCUGUGGAGACUAUGGGUGAGUCAGAAGGGUUGGGUAGCUCGGGAAGGGUUGAUACAGAGCUGACUGCAUCUGCAGAUUCUUAUGCACCGAAGAGGAAAUCCCUUGGUUUGAAUGGUGCUGAUUAUGGUAGUUUUGAUGUACCGUAUCAUAUUUUCUCAUUAUCGAAGAUGUCAGGUUUCGAGAGAAAGAAUUUGAAAUUGAGGUUAACUUGGGAACUUGAACAAGUAAGGGAAAUUCUGAGGAAAGUUGACAGUGUGAACUCAAACAUUGUUGGAUUAUCUCCCUCUAGUGAUGUAAGGAGCUGCAGUGCUGGACAGAAGAGGCCUCAGCUGGAGAGCCAACACACAGCACUGCAAGCCUCAGUGGCACAUGGUAAGAAAAGGCCAUUGCCAGGACGUACUGGUCCCAAGACAAAAAGAAUUAUGUCUGGGUGUUUUGAAUAUAGGAAACCUGCUGCACCAGUGACUUCAUAUGCUACAUUGAUGAAACCGUGUGAGACAUUACUUAACCGCUUGAUGUCUCAUCAAUUUGCUUGGGUUUUUAACACACCCGUCGAUGUUGUUAAAUUGAACAUUCCAGAUUAUUUCAAUGUCAUCAAGCAUCCAAUGGAUUUGGGUACAGUGAAAAGUAGAUUAUCUUCUGGUGAAUAUUCAAAUCCUGUGAAUUUUGCUUCUGAUGUGCGGCUGACUUUCUCAAAUGCAAUGACUUAUAAUCCACCAGGAAAUGAUGUGCACAUCAUGGCAGAGAACCUUAGUAAAUUUUUCGAAACGAGAUGGAAGUCUAUAGAGAAGAAAAUUCCUGUCAUUGAUUGUACUCAAUCUGAACCUUCUAGACCUGCUCGUGACGAUACUGAAAUUCGUGACCAAAUUCCUCCCUCCAAAAAGAAGAAAAUAACACCAAAUGACUCUAAUGUCAAGCCAGAGCCUGUUAAAAGAAUCAUGACUGAUGAGGAGAAACAUAAUUUGAGUCUUGAGUUGGAAGCGAUGCUUGGAGAGCUGCCCGAAACCAUUAUUGAUUUUUUGAAAGAGCAAAGUAAUGAUGCAGGGCAAACCGAUGCUGAUGAAAUUGAGAUUGAUAUUGAUGUUCUCAAUGAUGAAACCUUAUUCAAACUGCGGAAGCUUCUUGAUGAUUAUAUACAGGAGAAGCAAAGAUUCCAGGUGAAAGCUGGAGAGUGUGAAGUGGAGCUUCUUAAUGAAUCUGGGUUCAGCAAUUCAUCAAUGCAACAAUGUAAAGGCAACGAACAAGUUGAGGAGGAUGUGGACAUUGUUGGUGGGAAUGAUCCUCCUAUUUCAAACUACCCUCUACUAGAGAUUGAGAAAGAUGGCACCAAUAGGAACAAUAAAUGCAGUAGUUCAAGCAGCUCCAGUAGUGAAUCUGGCUCAACAUCCAGUGACUCAGAUUCAGGUAGUUCAUCUGGUAGUGAGUUAGAUACUGUUAAAGCAUCAGAACCUCCAAGUGCCACCAAGGAAAACGUAGGUUCUGGAUUGACUACUGAUCAAAACAGAGGGGAUCCUGGUAAUUCACAAACUGGUAAAGAUUCAACUAAUGUGGGUGGCCAAGUUGAGUACAAUUCAGAGACUCAGCCAGUUACUCUUGAAUCAGAAAUCCAUCAAGAGGGGGAGAGCGCUGCAUCUAAGAGGCAAGUCUCUCCCGAAAAGCUCUACCGUGCAGCUUUAUUGAGGAGCCGGUUUGCUGACACCAUACUUAAAGCUCGAGAGAAAGCACUUGAAAAGGAUGAAAAGCGGGAUCCUGAAAAACUCAAGAUAGAGCGAGAAGAUCUUGAGAGGAGGCAGAAGGAAGAGAAAGCUCGACUUCAGGCAGAGGCAAAGGCUGCAGAAGCAGCUCAGAGGAAAGCAGAAGAAGAAGCUGCAGCUGAAGCCAAAAGGAAGAGGGAACUUGACAGAGAAGCAGCCCGUCAGGCUUUGCAAAAGAUGGAGAAAACUGUGGAGAUCAAUGAGAGUAGUCAGUUUUUAGAAGAUCUAGAGAUGCUGAGUGCUGUACAUGAUGAUAUUACACCAAGUUUCAAAGAGGAGACAAGCCCAGAUCAUCCUGAAAAUGAAUUAGGUAGUUUCAAGCUACAGGGAAAUCCCUUAGAGCAGCUAGGAUUAUACAUGAAGGUUGAUGAGGAGGAUGAGGAGGAAGAAUUGCCUCCAAGUGUUGCAGGGCCAUCAAAGGAUGUUGAAGAAGGAGAAAUAGAUUGAUUUCCCCGUUGAUUGUUUCAUAUUUUGAACAAAUAAAUAGUGAUUUUGAGCAGUUGCUGGAUUUAGGGAUGCUGCUUUUUCAAGCUAUGAUCUGACUUUGGCCUGACACCAGGAAAUCUAAGGAUGGGAUAGCAAAAGCUUAGAGCAAAGGGAAUGAGUAUAAUCACUUUUAAGUGGGUUUGCUUCUUUUUAAAUUGGUUUUUGAGAAAGUGGAAAAGCAUGCUUGCAGCCCUCAUUUAUUCAAGGGCUGGAUUGAAAAUUUGUAUCAAUCAGGAUAUGUCCAGUUUUGGUUGUAAAAAGCAAUUCAUUUGUAACGAGUUCUAAGACUGACCUUGAGUAGUAGUUAAACUUCACUCGCAUUGUAAAAUAUUUUAGAAAAUUCUUUCUAUUUAUUUUUGCCUUAUUUUUUUCA